CUCUCUCUCUCUCUCUCUCUCUCUCUCUCUCUCUCUCCCUCCCUCCUGGUUUGCUCUCCCGCCUUCCCUAUAUACACACUCCCUCAAACAUUAAAAAAAUCACCCUCUCUACCCUUCCGAUAGACCCGAUUUCGUCGGAAUCCACGAGCUCAUCUUCCAGACCAGGAUUCAUGAUUAUACUUCGUCUCUGUAUGUUAAGCUUCGCGCUCUCCAUUUGGCUAAUCGGAUUCUACCGAUACGUUCGCGACUACAUGCUUUGAUUUCUUGAGCAUUUGGAGCUUUUUAAAUUCCGAUCCGAUUUUAUCUGCCCCUUGAAAGGGAGUGUCUUGAAUUUGUGAAUCGGAGUACAUUACGUACUUAUUUGGAUAUCGCUGAUUGAUACGACAGAUCUGGUCUCUUAAGGUUAAACCAUGGCUUCAGGACAAAUUUUUUCCCGGACUACUCAAGCAUUAUUCUACAAUUACAAACAGCUGCCGAUCCAACGGAUGCUUGAUUUUGACUUCCUUUGCGGGAGAGAAACACCUUCAGUUGCUGGAAUUAUCAAUCCUGGUUCUGAGGGUUUUCAGAAACUUUUCUUCGGUCAGGAGGAAAUUGCUAUCCCAGUGCAUUCAGCCAUUGAAACCGCCUGUGCAGCACAUCCAACUGCUGAUGUUUUCAUAAACUUUGCAUCAUACAGAAGUGCUUCUGCUUCAUCUAUGGCAGCUCUCAAACAGCCAACCAUUAGAGUUGUGGCUAUAAUAGCUGAAGGUGUUCCUGAGUCAGAUACCAAGCAGUUGAUUGCUUAUGCAAGAGCAAAUAAUAAGGUUGUUAUUGGCCCAGCUACUGUUGGAGGUAUUCAAGCUGGGGCUUUUAAGAUUGGUGACACUGCCGGGACGACAGAUAAUAUCAUUGAAUGCAAACUCUACAGGCCUGGAUCUGUUGGAUUUGUCUCCAAAUCUGGAGGCAUGUCUAACGAAAUGUACAAUACAAUUGCCCGUGUAACAGAUGGAAUUUAUGAAGGUAUCGCAAUUGGAGGAGAUGUGUUCCCUGGAUCUACACUUUCUGACCAUGUUCUACGGUUUAACAACAUCCCACAGAUCAAAAUGGUGGUUGUACUUGGGGAACUUGGUGGACGGGAUGAAUAUUCCCUAGUGGAAGCCCUGAAACAUGGGAAAAUCAAUAAACCUGUGGUUGCUUGGGUUAGUGGAACUUGUGCACGGCUCUUCAAGUCAGAAGUACAAUUUGGUCAUGCGGGAGCCAAGAGUGGCGGUGAGAUGGAGUCUGCACAAGGAAAGAAUCAAGCACUCCGGGAAGCUGGAGCUGUUGUUCCGAAUUCAUAUGAAGAAUUUGAAACUGCGAUUAAAGAAACAUUUGAGAAGCUGGUUGAGGAGGGAAAGAUUUCUUCUGUAAAGGAAGUUAAGCCUCCACAAAUCCCUGAAGAUCUUAACACUGCCAUUAAGGCUGGGAAAGUUCGGGCUCCAACUCAUAUUAUUUCCACCAUAUCUGAUGAUAGAGGUGAGGAGCCUUGCUAUGCCGGUGUCCCAAUGUCUUCCAUAGUUGAACAAGGUUUUGGCGUGGGUGAUGUCAUCUCCCUCUUGUGGUUCAAGCGCAGCCUUCCCCGUUAUUGUACAAAGUUCAUUGAGAUUUGCAUAAUGCUAUGUGCGGACCAUGGCCCCUGUGUCUCUGGUGCUCACAACACCAUAGUAACUGCAAGGGCAGGGAAAGAUCUUGUGUCCAGCCUUGUUUCAGGUUUGUUAACAAUUGGUCCCCGAUUUGGUGGUGCUAUUGAUGAUGCUGCCCGAUACUUUAAGGAUGCUUAUGACAGGAGUCUUACACCUUAUGAGUUCGUGGAAGAUAUGAAAAAGAAAGGCAUUCGUGUGCCAGGAAUUGGACACAGGAUCAAGAGAGGGGACAACAGGGAUAAAAGGGUAGAGCUUCUACAACUGUUUGCGCGGACUAAUUUCCCUUCUGUGAAGUACAUGGAAUAUGCGGUUCAAGUUGAAACCUACACUCUCUCCAAGGCAAAUAACCUGGUCCUUAAUGUAGAUGGGGCAAUCGGGUCUCUCUUCUUGGAUCUCCUAGCAGGCAGUGGUAUGUUCACCAAGCCAGAGAUCGAUGAGAUUGUUGAGAUUGGCUAUCUGAAUGGGCUCUUCGUGUUGGCUCGAUCCAUCGGUUUGAUUGGGCAUACAUUUGACCAGAAGAGAUUGAAGCAGCCGCUAUACCGUCACCCAUGGGAGGAUGUUCUCUACACCAAGUGACAUGUUUUCAGACAGGGCCGAUGCUUACCUCCCAUCUUGUACCUCCCAUCUUGCCUUUGGAAGUUUGAAAUUAUGAAAUUUGUUGUGGUGUGAUUGUUCUGUAGUUGAUAGUCUUUUCAUCGUGCUUUGUUAGCCUCAGGUUGGACACCAUUUGUUAGUUCUAAUGGAAGUUAUAAGGGGAAAACUCCCCAUUCAUCCAUCAGAAAUUAGAUGUCACCGACUCACCAUGAAUAGUUCUUUGUUUAGGAAGUAAUAAUAACAUGGCCAUUUCUUCUUCCCA